AGCUCAGCUGGAUCUUGCGAACAAUUCCAGAAUCUGAAUUAUUCAGCCUCCCACACGAUCCAGGAAGGCACGAAGUGCAGGCAAAGGGGAAUUCCAGUCCGGCCGCCGCCACGACAGACCGGACCGGCGAGAGCGAGAGACGGAGAUGGCGCUCACCAACUUCAUCGUGACGGCGGCGGUGGUGGGCGGGGCGCUGCUUCUCUUCACCACCGACGUCCGCAAGUCCGGUGCUGUCUUCCGCCGCAACGCCCGCCAAAUCCGACAGUGGCUCGAGGAGGACAACGCCUCCGCCGCAUCCAAGUCUGCAAAAGAAGCAGUUCCACCUCCCAAGAAGCUGGAUACAGAGGUUCCCAAGGACAAGCCAAAGGAUCACUGAAAUGGACAACAAAAAUAUGUUUUCAUUCUGAGAGAAGUAUGUUCAGCCAAAGGAGCACUGAAAUGGACCGCUGGAUCGCAUAGAUAUAACUUUUGUCGAAGUUAGUCAACUUGUUCUACCCUUGCUGAGUGAUAGAGAUCUGUAGCUCAUAAAUACAUGCAUGACGAAUAUGUUUCCAUUUUGUUUCGAGUAUUUUGGCGCCUGUGUAGAUGCAGAAUAAGAAGGGAGCAACCAAUUGGCAGUUUUUCUUCACGGCAACCUAAAUAUAUAGAGCUCUCUUUUAAGCCUUC